AUGUCAUUGACACUCCGGACUGAGCUCCAGGUGGAGCUUUUGACCGCUUUCUUAAAUACCCGUGGUCCGAGGGCGAUUCUUUCCUCAGACUCUUACCCUCUGGACCACAGUCCUAUCGUUAUAGAGCUUCUUUUUGGCACUCUCUCUGUGCUAGUCGCUUCGUUGUCACUGCGCUCAACAUUCAUCUUCCUAAUUAGCAGCAGGUCUAUUUUGACUCUGAUGAUAAUCUUGAAGAACUUCUCAAUAGCAACAAGUCCCAAAAGACAAAGUUGA